UCAAAUUCCAUCCUUAUCUAUUUUUUGUUCAUCUUCUUCCUCACAAUUGCUCUCAAUUUCUGCAACAAGCGAUGGAAUCAUCCCUUCUCCGUUCUGUUUCAUCUCCUUUACUUCUCGAAUCCACGGAUCUUCUUCGCCGGAUCGGAUCCGUUUCCUCUCCGAGAUUUCCUUCUACCGUUGUUCGUUGUUCUUCCCGAAGCCAUGCUUCUAUUCCGAAGCUCGAGCCGUUUAGUCGCACGAAGCUUGAUCGCGCCAUCAAAGAUCCGCCUCUGGUUGAGAAGUCCGAGAACGAGCUUGCAGAUUACUGCUCGACAUUGGAUGGAGACGAUUCAUAUAGCUGUUGGAAAGCGUAUUUCGAGCUCAAAGAUCUUGAAAAAGAGUCGCCUAAACAAGAAGUGGAGAAACUGAUUCUUCAAGCAGGAGGC